AAUCACUGCAUUCCAAGCCCUAAGGGAAACGCUUCCGAGUGUGAGACUGGGGCUACGAGCCUUGAUCCUUGGAGAGGCCAAUCACUGCUAUUGCUCUAAACGCUUUUAAACCUUAUCGGCAAUCCGGGAAGAAAAAUUCAGGCUGAAUAAAUUGGAAAUUGGAUUUUGUGCCGCUCUCUGCUCUUUAUCCAACAAACAUCAAUCGCAACAAAAUGUCUGUCCGAGGAGGACGGGACCGGUUCCGAAGGGACUACCACCCUCUGAGAUUUGAAGACAAGAGUAGCACCCGUAACACAAAUAACAACAACAAUCCGCCCUCCAGACACCUCUGGGUUGGGAAUCUUCCCCAUGGCAUACUCGAGCAAGACCUCACCCAGCACUUCUUGCAGUUUGGAGAGCUCGAAAGCGUUGCUUUCCAGCCUGGCCGCAGCUAUGCUUUCAUUAAUUUCAGGAGGGAAGAUGAUGCCAUUAAUGCCAUGAGUGCGCUUCAAGGUUUCCCUGUUGCCGGCAACCCGCUUAGGAUUGAGUUUACCAAGGCGGAUAAGUCAUCAGCAUCAUCACGUGAUGAAGAUUACUCUCAACGUCAAGAUGAACAGCGCUCAGUAUUGAGAGGAUCUCCUUUCUCGCAAAGGGAGUUUAGAACACGCCAUGCUAGUCCUGAUCCUUUUUAUCUUGACAAAUCCAAUGUGAGUGAUAAAAAUGUAGAGCCUAGUUCAGUUUUAUGGAUAGGGUUUCCAGCUUUAUUGAAGGUGGAUGAAAUGAUCUUAAGGAAGGCUUUUGCACCGUUUGGUGAGAUUGAGAAGAUUACUGCAUUUCCUGGUCGUAGUUAUGCCUUUGUUCGAUUCAGGAGCGUAAUGUCAGCUUGCAGGGCAAAAGAAACUCUUCAGGGAAAAUUAUUUGGAAAUCCUCGUGUACAUAUUUGUUUUGCAAAGAGUGAAACUGGCUCAUCCAACAGCGGAAGGAGCUCAAUGAAUGCCCCUCCUUCCCCACCUUCCAAGUCAAAUGUUCGCCCGGUAUCUUCUGGGAACUUUCGGCAGGAUAGGAAUUUUGGGAGCUUAACUGGAGAUCUCGGCAUAAGUUCUCCUCAAUUUUUUCCAGAUUUAGAUGCUGGAGAUACUGAUGCCUAUAGUUUUAAUAGGAAGCGCUCUUCAUGGACAGAUGGAAAUAAUACAUUUGAACAGAGAAGGUUUGGAGAAGUGGGGUCUGAUCUAGGAUUACUAGAGGAUAUUUAUGAACAUAGUCCUACAAGAGAGAAACGUCCUCAGUUACAUGAUUAUUCUCAGACAUUUCCUCGAACAAGUCCAUCAUAUGAGGAUCCAUGGGACUUGCCAGAAGAUGCCCAUUUCUUUCAUGGAGCCAAGAAAUUGAAGACUGGCUCCUUUCUGCCCGAAAAAGACCUUCCAGAGCAUCCUUUUUCUGAUUUUGAACAAGAGACACAAAUCCCAAAGGUAUUUUCUGAUUUUUCCCAACCUGAGGCCUUUGAUAAAAACUUUGAGGCUGUACCCUUUGGGUAUAAACAGACCCCUGAUCACAGACCAAAUGUAGCUCUACCUCAUGCAGAUAGGAGUGAUCAUUGGGGAGAAUCUUAUGAUAAUUUCAAGGUGGGCUCUGGUUCUCUGCCAUCAAAUCCUAUUGAAGAAAAAAGAUUCACACCUGAAUCCGAUCAAUCUUCUUUGAAUGAAUGGAAAUGGGAAGGGACUAUUGCAAAGGGCGGAAAUCCUGUCUGUCGUGCUCGCUGCUUUCCUGUCGGAAAAGUCCUGGACAUCAUGUUGCCUGAAUUCCUGGACUGCACUGCAAGGACUGGUCUAGACAUGCUUUCAAAGCAUUACUAUCAAGCAGCUAAUGCUUGGGUUGUCUUCUUUGUACCUGAAAGUGAUGCUGAUAUUGGAUUCUAUAAUGAAUUCAUGCAUUAUCUUGGAGAAAAACAGCGAGCAGCAGUUGCUAAGUUGGACGAAAAGACUACUUUGUUUCUUGUACCCCCGUCAGAGUUCUCAGAGAAAGUACUGAAAGUACCUGGGAAACUGAGUAUAUCUGGGGUUGUUUUAAGGUUAGAGCAUUCCGGUUCCAAUUUUGGGUCUCUUCACCAUCAAAAUGAGAAGAAAAUUACAAAUUUAUUACCCAUUAAAGAGGAUACAUCAUUUACAAAGCCAUCAACACCUUUGCUACCUAUUCAUCCUUUAACAUCUUUCCAAGAUUUGGGUAAAUCGGGAGUUCCCAAUAUGUCUUUUUCAGGGAAUGUGGUUACAUCAGCUCCACCUGGAUCAUCUUCAGGUUCUGCUUAUGCUGUCAGUGGUUUAUCCGACUCUUACAAUGAAAACAGGCACGACUAUCAACUACGUCAGGGAAACCCUAUGCUGCGACAAAAUUUCUCUUCUCACCAUCUUCAUAAUUCAAUGUCUGGUAGUACAAGUGUACCAUCACAACCGUCCAAUAGUGCUGCUGUUUCUGUUGUGCAGGAGCAUCAUUCAGUCCUGCGAAACACAGUGCAAGAUACGAGCUCUAGUCAUUAUAAAGGUGGAAUUUCUGGUAUUUCAUUAUCUGGAAAUAGAAGGUCGUCUCUUCAGGGAACUCAAACUUCAGCUUCUUUGUCGCUGCCUAUGACGGCCCUGCAAUCAGAUCAAAUUGCCCAGUUGGCAUCAUCUCUACUUGGUCAGCAGAGGCAGUCAGGGAGCACCCCACAUAUAUCUGUGGGUGAUGAGUUUAGGCAGAUAAACACAAUGAAUGAAUCUGACAACUCUUUACGAACAUCCCAGAAAUAUGUUUUACAUAAUAAUUCGGUGAGGUCUGAGCUUUCAGCAUCGCAGUUCAGUCAAGUUCAACAGUCGCAGCAAUUGCAACAGCAAUCCUCAAAUGUGCCUGCAGUGCCUCACAUGGUUCAUAGAGAGCUUCAGACAGGGGCUCAGGGAAAUCAACUACUACAAAACAAUAGUGCACAGGAAGAAGCAGAGGCAGAUCCUCAGAAACGACUGCAAGCAACAUUACAGCUGGCAGCUGCUCUUCUUCAGCAAAUCCAACAAGGGAAAGGAAGUUGACCAGCUCUGGAAACGGAAGUUAUUUUCUACAUGUCUAUGCAAAAGAAUCUUGGGAAUUACAAAUCUGUAUAAAUUGCAAAUAGUUUCUGGGUUUCCCUGAUCAGCAGCUCACUGGCGGCAUCUUGUUUUGUUUUAUUUAAUGACAAUGCUACUCGUUUUGUAUUUUCAUUUUGACUUAACUGACUGAUCAUCUAGUAUUUAUGGCCACUUCAUUUUUAGAAAUUGAAGCUGCUAGCUUCCCUUCCUGCUUUGUUGUGUAAA